AGAAGGACGAGGGAGCUGCGCUUUUGCAUCACUUCUUGUGUUUUCCUGUGUUCUUUGCAUUACGAGAAUGGCGACCGCUAGGACUGUUAAGGAUGUUUCACCUCACGAGUUUGUGAAGGCUUAUGCAGCUCAUCUCAAGCGAUCUGGAAAGAUCGAGCUCCCUCCCUGGACUGAUAUUGUGAAAACUGCUCGAUUCAAGGAGCUUGCUCCUUAUGACCCUGACUGGUACUAUGUCAGAGCUGCCUCCAUGGCAAGGAAGAUCUACUUGAGGGGCGGUCUUGGUGUUGGUGCCUUUAGGAGAAUUUAUGGUGGAAGCAAGAGAAAUGGUAGCCGUCCACCCCAUUUCUGCAAGAGCAGUGGUGCUAUUGCACGCCAUAUUCUUCAACAGUUGGAGAAUAUGAACAUUGUUGCUACAGUUGAUGGAAAGGGGGGAAGAAGAAUCACCUCUAGUGGACAAAGGGAUCUGGACCAAGUUGCUGGAAGGAUUGUUGUUGCUCCCUGAUCAGUCUAUCAGUCUUGAUAUUUAGCGAUGCCAGUGUGCUACUGCUUUUAUUUUCUCCCUUGUUUAUACUAUUUGUGAUAAACUAUAACAUCUCCAUCUGCUCAAUUGAUGGGACAUGAAGAAAAAUUUUGGUAUUCAUUGUUUUGAGUUUUGCUCCUAUCUAUCAUGUUUCUUGAGAUUAGUAUUAUUAUUGCC